UAAACGUGGCGGGACGUGAGUGUCAUGGCGCGCUCCAUCUAGCCUGCAGUUUCCGGCAAGUGGCGUGUUGAUUUCUCCCACUUUGGACUGGUUUGUUAUUUCCUGACUGCUCGGUAAGAGUGGCGAAUGGGUCAGCGUGGGGACAGAGUGGGGCCAGAGCUCCUUUAAUGGCAGAGCUUUGUAUUUUGCAGUUUUAGCCUUUCUCUGGCCGACUGCUCAUCUGUUUUCGCAGAGAAGAUGCCUUCUGCUUCCUGCGAUAUGCUACUGGAUGACAUAGAAGAUAUUGUAUCACAGGAAGAUUCAAAGCCACAGGAUAGACAUUUUGCAAGAAAGCAUGUUGUUCCAAAGGUGCGAAGAAGAAAUACCCAAACAUAUUUGCAAGAGGAAAGCAGUCCACCAAGUGAUAGCACUAUUCCAGGCAUACAGAAAAUUUGGAUACGAACAUGGGGUUGUUCACAUAAUAAUUCAGAUGGAGAAUAUAUGGCUGGACAGCUGGCUGCUUAUGGCUAUAAAAUUACAGAAAAUUCUUCCGAAGCAGAUUUAUGGCUUCUGAACAGUUGUACUGUAAAAAACCCAGCCGAAGAUCACUUUAGAAACUCAAUUAAAAAAGCUCAGGAGGAAAACAAGAAAGUGGUGCUGGCUGGGUGUGUCCCUCAAGCCCAGCCUCGUCAGGACUACCUCAAGGGACUGAGUAUCAUUGGGGUUCAACAGAUAGAUCGUGUGGUAGAAGUUGUGGAGGAAACAAUUAAAGGUCACUCUGUGAGACUGCUGGGUCAGAAGAAGGACAACGGGAAGCGGCUGGGGGGAGCGCGACUGGAUUUGCCGAAGAUUAGGAAGAAUCCACUGAUUGAAAUCAUUUCCAUCAAUACUGGGUGUCUCAAUGCUUGUACCUACUGCAAAACUAAACAUGCCAGAGGAAAUUUGGCCAGUUAUCCUAUUGAUGAACUAGUGGAUAGAGCCAAACAAUCUUUUCAAGAGGGUGUUUGUGAGAUAUGGUUGACCAGUGAAGACACAGGGGCCUAUGGCAGAGAUAUUGGCACGAGUCUCCCCACGCUCCUGUGGAAACUGGUAGAAGUGAUUCCCGAGGGAGCAAUGCUGAGGCUUGGCAUGACAAAUCCACCCUAUAUCUUAGAGCAUCUGGAGGAAAUGGCGAAAAUCCUCAAUCAUCCUCGGGUCUACGCUUUCCUGCACAUCCCCGUCCAGUCUGCCUCUGACAGUGUGCUCAUGGACAUGAAAAGAGAAUACUGCGUGGCUGACUUCAAAAGAGUAGUGGAUUUUCUGAAAGAGAAAGUUCCUGGAAUAACCAUUGCUACAGAUAUUAUCUGUGGUUUUCCUGGAGAAACAGAUCAGGAUUUUCAAGAAACAGUGAAACUUGUUGAAGAGUACAAAUUUCCAAGCCUCUUCAUUAACCAGUUUUACCCAAGACCAGGAACUCCUGCUGCAAAAAUGGAACAAGUUCCAGCCCAAGUGAAAAAGCAAAGGACAAAAGAUCUGUCUCAGAUAUUUCAUUCUUACAAUCCAUAUGAUCACAAGAUUGGUGAAAAACAACAAGUGUUAGUAACAGAAGAAUCUUUUGAUUCCAAGUUUUAUGUUGCACACAAUCGAUUUUAUGAGCAGGUUUUAGUGCCAAAGAACCCUUCCUUCAUGGGGAAAAUGGUCGAAGUGGACAUUUAUGAAUCAGGAAAACAUUUUAUGAAAGGGCAGCCAGUAUCGGAUGCCAAAGUGUACACACCGUCCAUCAGCAAACCGUUAGCAAAGGGAGAAGUCUCAGGUUUAACAAAGGAAUUCAGAAAUAUGCUUGGGAUUCACCCAAAUCUGAUGUCCAGUUCCCCUGCUGCACCUCGGCACGACUCAGCGAGUUCCCAGGUCGGACUGCAGAUGCAAAGGUUGCUUCAAGACUGUGCGUUGAGGGCGGCUGUGGGCCUGGCCCUGGUUGCUCUUCUCUUUGCCUUUUUUGCCAAGGUCUAUAAUUAGCAUACAACGAAAUGAGGCAUCUGUGAAGAAUACAGUUCUAAUUAAAACCUUCCGUGAACAGGAAAGCGCCCACGUCAGUUCUGGGAGGCGCUAAUGUGUACUUGCUGUGCUGCCUCCUCUUCUGCCACCCGUAAUGAGGCUUACCCCGUCUCGCACUGAGAUGAGCCCACUAGUGGGCUGUGUGACCUAAAACUGAAUUCAGCUGCCAUAGCGUAUCUUUCAAAUCAAACUCUUUUUGGCUUAUAUUUAGCAAAUGGCUGCAAUUUUUAAAAACAUCUUCAGGUGCAAACCUGACCAAUGUAAUACCACUAUACAGUCACCUUCUCUGUAUGUGGAAGGAUCCUUGAUCUUUCGUUAUUUUAAGGCGUGUCUUUUUCAAGCUUGCUUUGGAAUCCCACUGCUACAAACAUCUUUUUCACAGCAGAUGUGUUCUUGAAAAGUUUACAUGGAAGCCUAUUUUUGGAACCUGAAUCCUUCAGGAAUGUGCAGGAAAGUCUGGAGCUCCAAGGACUUCUGGCAACAUUCUCCAAAACAUGAGGAAUCACCUACUUGUACAGGAUCCACAAACUGUGAAAGCUUAGAUCUGUCACAAGCAAACUGUCCCUUUUUCUGGCAUCUUUGAUCAAUCAGAUCACCUUUUUAUUUCCACCCGACACCACUGGUCUUUACUAAGUGAAAUGACAUGUGUCACAAUAAAAGGAACUGAUGUAACAAGUAAA